AUGGCAGGCGACGAUCCCAAGACGCCGCCCUCGGAGAAGGGCUCUGGCUCCGACGCCGAUGUGCCCAAAGACCUUGCGAAGGAGAUCAAGUACAUCGAGGAGCUGUUCACCGUCGACACGGCCAAGCUGAAGCAAAUUACCGACCAUUUUGUGAAGGAACUCGAGAAGGGCCUGAGCGUUGAGGGUGGCAGCAUUCCCAUGAACCCAACCUGGGUGAUGGGAUUCCCUACUGGUCAUGAGACAGGCACCUUCUUGGCGCUCGAUAUGGGCGGCACCAACUUGCGUGUAUGCCAGGUGACCCUGACCGAUCAGCAGUCCGAGUUCGACAUCAUCCAGUCCAAGUACCGGAUCCCUCCCCCGCUGAAGACGGGCACAGCUGAGGAGCUAUUCGAGUACAUCGCCGACUGCCUGCUGCAGUUCAUCCAGACUCAUCACGACGACCUGUCCCAAAUCGGCCGCAUGCCCCUGGGCUUCACCUUCUCGUAUCCUGCGACCCAAAACUACAUUGACGAGGGUAUCCUACAGCGCUGGACCAAGGGCUUCGACAUCGAGGGCGUCGAGGGCAAGAAUGUGGUCCCUAUGUUUGAGGCUGCUCUUGCUCGACGGGGCGUCCCCAUCCGGCUGGCCGCCUUGAUCAACGAUACGACGGGCACGCUGAUUGCCUCGGCAUACACCGACCCUAAGAUGAAGAUUGGCUGUAUCUUUGGCACAGGCUGCAACGCCGCGUACAUGGAGGACUGUGGUUCCAUCCCCAAGUUGGCACACCUCAACCUUCCUCCCGAAACCCCCAUGGCCAUUAACUGUGAGUGGGGCGCCUUCGACAACGAGCACAAGGUGCUGCCGCGCACUCCGUACGACAUUACCAUUGAUGAGGACUCGCCGCGUCCGGGCCAGCAGGCCUUUGAGAAGAUGAUUGCCGGCCUGUACCUCGGCGAGAUCUUCCGUCUGACGCUGGUCGAUCUGCAUGAUAACCAUGAUCGGCGUGUCUUUGUUGGCCAGGACAUAACCAAGUUGCGUAAGCCGUAUACCUUGGACACGUCCUUCCUGUCAGCCAUUGAGGAGGACUCGGACGAAAACCUCUCCGACAUAGCGGGCCUCUUCCAGAACAAACUCAACAUCACCCCCAACAAGGCCGAGCGCAUCCUGAUCAAGCGCCUAGCUGAGCUGAUCGGCACCCGAGCGGCGCGCCUCUCCGCCUGCGGCGUGGCAGCCAUCUGCAAGAAGAAGGGCUAUAAAGAAUGCCACGUGGGCGCCGACGGCUCCGUCUUCAACAAGUACCCGCACUUCAAGGAGCGCGGCGCGCAGGCCCUGCGCGAGAUCCUCGACUGGGGAGAGAAGAAGGAUCCUAAGGAGGAGGAUCCCAUCGAGAUUCUCGCUGCUGAAGACGGCAGCGGUGUGGGCGCCGCGCUAAUUGCCGCGCUGACGCUGGAACGGGUACAGAAGGGGAAUUUGCAUGGGAUUUUGCACCCGGAGAAUUAUGUCUAG